AUGAAAUGUGAAGUCUGCGGAACAAGCUACAAAAAAAUAGACUCACUUUUGGUUUGUGCAAACGGACACACCCUCCAAAACACUACAGAAGUGGCACACGAUGACAACCCGCUAAGAGGAAGAUCAAAAAGAAUAUACAAGCCAAAGAAAGAGAAAAAAGUAGUAUUCAAAAGCGACGGUUGCAAACUGAUGAGAAUGGUACUUAUGAGGCUGCUGUUUGAAGAGUCAAUGGCAUAUUUUGGCAUAAAAGACAAUGUUGUAUUCAGAUACUUUACCGAAUUCUUGGAAUUUAAAAAUGCUAAGCUAGACACCGUUUUUGACAUUUCAAAGUUUACAUUAUCGAUUCUUGUGUAUUUUGCUAAGAGGUCGGAGAUGGAAAGAAAUGGACAGAUAUAUCUAUAUAACGAGUUCAAAGAUACUUUCAAUAGCCUUGAUCUGACAAACAGAUUGAUUGGCAUAAAAGCUAAAUUUCCAAUGUUAGAGGUGGCAAUAAAUGAGUUUACUCACAAUUAUCUUAUAACUUCAACAAUAUGCAGCUUUAGGCCCUGGAUCGACGAGUUCUCAAGCCUGUAUAUCUAUGCAAGGAGAUAUGGAUUUGUAAAGUCGUCAGAAACUGGAAUUCUUGAAGAGUGUGUGGAAUCAGCCAAGCACAAUAUCAGAAGACUGUUUAGAAAUGAUCUGGAGCUUAUGAAAGUGUAUUUUCCAGACGAUAUGCAGCCAUCUGGGAGUGGAGGUUAUUCCAGAACUAGAGUUUUAUUUUGA